UGACCUCUACACCGGAAAUAAUAAAUGUAAACACUACUCACACUUGGAGGUGACCACUCCGACAUUAAAAACAUGUCCAAAAACCAGAGGAUAGCGUUGGUGUUUGGAGGCUUUGUGACCGCGGUUGCUGCAGCUUUUUACCCCAUAUUCGUCUACCCACUGACGCACAAGGAGGAGUACAGAAAUGUCCAAAAGGUGAACAGGUCCGGAGUCAACCAGGCAGAUAUCCAGCCCGUAGGUGUGAAGAUUUGGUCUGAUCCAUUCAAGCCUGCAGACAAAUGACCACCAGCGACGGCUAACCCUUCACAUAUUCCACUGACACUGAUGCUGAAGAAGAGUUUGAACAGAGAGUGCCUGUCUGAUGAAUGCUUGGUGUGUGCGUGAGUGAAUGUUUUCCAGAAUGUGAUUCCUUAAAUCCUAUAAAUAAAGUUUAAACCUCUAAUAACUAAAGUACUUGUGAAUUUAUGGGUAAUGUUUUGUGAUGACAGACAGUACAAAGUGCAGUGAAUGUGAGACAAGAAGCACAAGUUUUACUUUCUACCCAAGUUCACUUAUCUACCAUGUGCUGCUAGUUCUCUUUUGUCCACUAGGGGGAGCUCUAUGCCCAUCUGUUUCCACAAAAGGCAUUGAGUUGUCUAAUGUUUUGUUUGUGCAUCUUAGAUAUUUUGGAAAAACUUUUCUAUUUCCAAAAGCCUUGCUCUGGUAUGCAGCCUGUGGAAAUUAUAAUAAAAUA